AUGCGAACAUGGCGGCGUCGAGGAGAGAGAGUGAGGGGGACGGGAGCGCGCAGCGGGAGUGCCUCGAGGCGGCUUAGCAAGAGAGCGGAGGGAGUGGACGGAGGUGGGCGGCGGAGACGUGCUGCAGGCGAGCGUGUCCGUGGCUGUCUGAUGGCGACCAGUGCGAUCUGCUGCACCGCGAGACACUUGACACUACUGAGAGACUCGAGACUCUCUCCCGUUGACCCGUUGAAAACUGUGUCCAUCCCGGCAUCGCCCUCCGCUCGCCCAAUCGGCUGUCUCCCCCGCCCGAUCCCGAUCCCGUCGCCGCCGCCGCCCGGCCUCCCGCCAUCGAUCCACCACGCCGCCUCCCCCAGCCCUGCGACCUGCGCGACUCUGCGCGCCCGCUCCCAGCUUCCAUCUUAUCGCAACACAUCGCACACGUCCCCCUCCCUCUCUCCAAACUCGUUUUCGGCCCUCGAUUACCCGCGUCCCCGCCUCCCUCGUGAUUCCCUCGCCCGCCGGCCCCCUUCCCGCCUUGCAUCGCAUGAUCGACCCGGCGCAGCACCCUCGCGGCGUCAUGAAUCAGAACCCAUCUCGUCCCCGCUCCGGUGGUCCCGCUCCGCCCGUGCGCUCCGCGUGGCUCCAGCGCCCCCGCUAUCAAAUCAUCAUCAGUGCAUCGUUGCAUCAUCAUCUCGGUCCCGUCACCGUCUUCUCCCAGCUUCCAUCGCUCGUUUCGCAUUUCAUAACUGUCGCAAUCCGCCUUUGCCCAGCGGCCCUCUUAUCUCCCGCACGCCCCGCACACCCCGCCCGCCUCCGCCACCCCGCGCGCGCACCCUGCCCUACGCUCUCGCACCCCCACAUCGCGCCCAUCGCGCCCACAACCCACGACCCAACCCGCCCACCGCCGACCAAACACGUCCUCGACGACCCCGACCCCGCCCAUCCGCUUCGCCCCGCCCGAGGCCGCCCGUGCCAGCACCACUCCAGCACCACUCACCAGUCACCCGCCCCGCGUCAUCACCCCAUAGCUCCCCGCCCGCCCGGCAUCCUCACACCAGCUGA